CCCCUCCUCGCCGGCCGACUUUCCCCCUCCCUUGCGGCACUCGCGUUCUCUGUACAGUUCGCCGCGACACACAUUAAAACUCACCCGCAUCGCGAUCAUGAGCAAGGGACCUAACGGUCAUUCAAUCAUCUCUUUUAACAAGUAGUUUCUGGCCACGAUUUAUUUCAAGUUGUAUUUUCGGUAUAAAUAUUGGCAAUAAUAUGGAUGCGACGCUUGAUAAAUACAACGCGUUCGCGAUGAGAUUGAUUGAAACGAAUGAGGGAACAGCGGGACGAAGUGAUUCAUUCGAAAGAACGAUUCGACGCGCGCGACUGGGCUAUUGAAAAUACGUUUCCGCGGAAUGAAGUUUCAGCGGUCAACGAACAAUUACCAGCCAUUACAGAAAAUUUCGUUUAUGACGGAAGGAAAUUUUAUUGGAGGCUUCUCCGUGGAAGAUGUUCGUUCGCUACAGAUGAAAAAGUGCGACGAAACAACCAAACACGGACAGUUGGGUGAGCCGGGGCCGAGUGAGAAGGAAACGACAGGGCGAGGUGGAAAAUUCGAAAGUCUCGGCGGGAGUGCUGACGCGACAGGAGGACGCGAAGGAGGACGCGAAGCGGCGCGGGGGACCAUGAUCCUCGUUCCUUUUCAUCAUCCCGGGGAGCUUUGGUGUCGUUCCUUUUCGACAAAGGGCAGGCGACUUCUAAGUGUUGCUGACACCGAGCACGAAGCUGAAAGGGAGGAAGGAAGCAGGAAGUUUCAACAAGCCAGACAGGUUUCCAAGUCGAGCAAAGAAUAGACCGGCGCAAGUGUAUCCAACAAUGGCAACGUGAUAAGUCCGUUUAGAUCGUCUUUCCUCCGUGGAUCCUUUUUCCAUUUCAUUUACCCUUACGAUCUUCGUCAAUCUCAUCUUCCUCCAUCGCCAGAUUGAGGAAUCAUUCAUUGUUGAUGCAAGAGUGCAAAUCAAUAUAAAAUAUUCAAAUUA